AGUGUCCGCUCAGCUCAACUGCCUGCUCUCUGAGUGAGUGACUGGCCUGGCUGGGCCACUGGAGCAUGUCUGCAGGCUGCGAGGUGAACCUCAGGGGUCCUGGGGCCGGCCACAGGGCUCUUUGGAAGCUGACUGACACUGGGGUUGUGAGGGUUGUGGGGCCCGGGUGAGCUGCAGUACGCCCCAGGCCAGCGCCAUGAAGCUGAAUGAACGCAGCCUGGCUUUCUACGCCACGUGUGACGAGCCUGUGGACCACGAGGGCUUCCUGUACAAACAGGGUGGCCGGCCGGCGGCCUCGCAGCGGCGUUGGUUCGUACUGCGUGGCAACCUGCUCUUCUACUUUGAGGAGCCAGCGGCACGCCAGCCACUGGGUGUCAUCGUCUUGGAGGGCUGCACCGUGGAGCUGGUGGAGGCUGCCAAGGACUUCACCUUUGCCGUGUGCUUCGCUGGCGCCCGGGCCCGUGCCUAUGUGCUGGCUGCUGAGAGCCAGGCCGCCCUGGAGGGUUGGGUGAAGGCCUUGUCACGGGCCAGCUUCGACUACCUGCGCCUAGUGGUGCGUGAGCUGGAGCAGCAACUAGCUGCCAUGCAACCAGGGGGCGGCACCGCCCUGCCCCGCCGGCCCAGCGCACUCCCACCCAAGGAAAACGGCUGUGCUGUCUGGAACACUGAGGCUCCCACAGCUGUCCCUGUGGGCACCCGAUCCAGACCCCCGCAACCACCCCCACGCCGUCGGGCCUCCGCGCCCCUCGGGCCCUCUGACGCAGUGUCCUUCGCAAAGCUGCAUGAAGGGUACGGGCAGGAGAUCCAGGCGCUGCGGGCCCAGUGGCUCAGUCACCGUGCCCAGCCCUGAGGUCCCAGGGCCCUGACUGGGAGAUGCUGUUGACUUGCAUGCUGGGAGUGGCCCAGCUACAGGGUGCUCCAGACCCCACGGCUGCAGCUGGGGCCUGAUAAACACAUGGUCCUCACUCUGCCCUGGCAGCUGCUUGUGGGCCCUGGGUAUGGACAGAGAGCCCAACUGCGGUGCGCAGUGCCUGGUCCCCAGGGCCCUCAGACAGGCUGUGGGACUGUGUCCUUUGGUCCCUCUCCAGGAGCAGCUGGGCUACCCUGAGCCAGGGCGGGGCCUCUUGGGAACUCACUUGACCACCAGAGACUGGCUGGGCCCAGGAGGCCGGAACUGACCCAUGGGCAGGGUCCCCCAGGGAGGUGAGGCCAGAGCUGACUCACUACCCCCUGCAGUGCGCAGGUGCUGACUGGGGGUGGGGCCGUAGCUCCUGAGCCCCGCCUACCCUGUGCUCCUCUGCCCAGGCUGAGCACUGGCGGUCUCCUCUCACCGCAGUGCCCCUUCAUCCAGGAGGGGCUGGGACGCCUGGCCCUCAUCCUGGAAUGUUUACAGUCCCAGGAACCCUGGGGAUGCUGCCAGCUGCCUAGCCUAUGCCUGCCUCGCUGCCCCUUCCUCUUAUUUGGGGAGCCAUGGGGCUGGGGGCUGCAGGGAGAUUCUGAUUUCUAAAUCUCAGGGGUGGCCUUUCCCCUGGGGGAUGGAGCCAUUGGCUGGCACUGCUCCCCAAGGAUGGGGUCGGGGGGCCUCUGCCUGGCACUCUGGCCCCUCCUUAGCAGGUGCCUCUAGGGUUGUAGUACAUUUCCCUCCCUUUCCCCCUUGCCAGAUCUCUUAGGAGCUGGCCAGGGCUAGCUGGUGGGAUGUUAGCUCCCACUGUGGUACGGAUCUACAGACUUGAGGGUACAACAGCCCUGGUCUCCCAAGGCCUGGGCAGCAGUGGGGGUGCCUCUUCUUGGAGUACAAGCUGUGGCCUGGCUGCCUGGGGUGGGCAGGG